GCUCUACAGGACCAAUGCUUGUGCUGGAGAUGAUCAUAUUUCAGUACUGCAGGUAUUGUGGCUUUUUACGACUCGGUGGUUAGAGAUUAAAGCAAAGUAAUAUCAUAAAAUACGAUGAUGACGUCAUAGGUCUUAAAUCUUUAACAGUUAAAGUAUUUGGUAGUUGCUGUAAUUUGAUUUGUUGAAGACUAGAAAUUUGGUAGAAGAAUUCUACUGCAGCUUAUUGAAGGCUAUGGAGCUGAUUUUUUUUCCCAGAAUUCGGACAUAAAUUAAUAUGAGGGCGUAAGGACUAUAUUUAUUUGUCCGCAUUCUGGAAAUAAGUACUUGGGUUCAUGGCAAUUGUUUGAUGACAUAAUAAGUUGCCCGCAAUGGCCCGCAAGUCUAAAAGCUGGUUGAUAAUCCACAUUCAUAUCUAGAAAACAUUGAUAUGCAACCUUUUUAAGAGGAAUGGCCUUUUGAAUAUUAAUUUUUUUUAAAGUUCUCUUACCCAUAAAGCCAUAAAUAAUUAUGGAUUUUUUUUAUAAAAGCUAUAUUUUAGAUUUCAAGCAAUCGAAACAAAUAAUUCUCUAUUGAUUUGGGGGCAAUUAUCUUUUUUUUUAAAAGUCCUUUUUUAAUGUAGGGAAGGAUUGUUAAAUGAAAUUUUUAGGGAAUGCACUUGCAUAUUUUGAAAAUGAAAUGCUGUUAGCUCCAGACAGAAAAUAUGAGAGAAUUAUUUUAUUUGAUUGCCACCAUGUAAAUGAUCAGCCAAUCGGUUACAAACAAACUGCUAGUAUGUAUCAGUUAGCUGCUCCUGCUCCUGCUGCUGCUAUAAAUAUCACAUUUUUUUUUGUUUUUUCCAGGGACCAUGACUGGGACUUCCUACCAUUCCGUGUGUGGAUUGGCUUGUGGACAACGUUCAUCCUGCUUCUCAUUGUGGCUUUUGACCUGAGUGCACUGGUGCGGUACAUAACAAGGUUCACAGAGGAGUGUUUCGCCUCACUCAUUGCUCUCAUUUUCAUCUACGAAGCUUUUGCUAAGGUAGGAGGAAGUUGUUCAUUGAAAAAUUAGUGACAGAAGAGUUUACUUCAUUCCUGUAUCAUAAUUAGGCUAUUGGUGAUUUCUACUUUCUUGAAAAAUGUUGUUUUUUUUUUGUUGUUUUUUUCAAUUGAGAAAUUUAUUAACUAAUAACAAAUUUAAGGCUUCCAAUAAAAUAUUGUUGGUGAAUAUCUGUUUUGCACAGAAGUAGUCAUUUUAAAUUAAGUUCACUAAUGGAAGCUAAAAUGUUAUUCCAUUAAAAUAUUAAUUUUUUAAAUUUCUUUCUUUAACAUUUUGAAUGAAUUAAAUUUAAGGACUAGCUCAAGCUCACUAAAUCUAAAUGAAGAUUUCAUGACAUAUAAAUCAAGAUUUCAUGACAAUGUCUUUUUUCAUCUCCCCAGGUGAUCAAAAUUAACUCCAAAUAUCCAGUCUUCUUUGGCAGCUACCAUGAUGUCCAGUCAUGUCCAGUCUCCACUGUUUCACCGGAAAACUCAUCAAACACAUCACAGUCACUUCCUCUGUUGAAUAGUUCUAUAGUCUUAGGUAACACAACCACAUCUCCAUUUGACCUUGACCUGAAUACAACAGGAUCAUGGGUGACAACAACACUGUCACUGACACUAAAUACUACAACAACACUUGGACCCUUCUGUCACAGUUAUGUCGGAGAUGUUUUCUUCCUGUCCGUUAUAGAAUUUCUAUUCACUUUUGGGAUUGCAUUUUUCCUUGUG